AUGGAAGAAGAUUUUCUUUCAGAUCCUUCGUUAACAGAUAACUCUUCAUUUAAAAUUUAUCCAAGAAAAGAAGUUUAUUAUGAUCUGCAUGAUGUCACUAAUUAUCAAGAUAGUUUUUGGUUUAGUCUUCCUUCAGAUUUAAAAAUUCUUGAAAAUAUGUCAGUUAUAGACUAUCUACGACAAUUUACACAUCUUUCAUCUAGAAAACAUGAUUUAUAUCGACGUAUAUACAAUCACUGGUGUCGUGGGUCUAAACUUCCAAUUGAUAGAUUAAACAAUGCAUUCGGAGAUAUUGUACCAGUACAAAUUCCAAACAAUUGUUACACGUUAGUAUUCAAUCUAAUCGGACUACAAACUACAGAUUAUCGAUAUAUUGAUUUUGAAACAUUCUGUUGUAUAUGUGUGGCUGCAGAACGUCUUGUAUUCUUUAAAAUUAUGAAGGAUUCAAAUAUAACUAUACCAUCAAAGAAUAUCUUAGAAAUGAUAGAAUUUCAACGACUACAGUGUCAAUAUACACAGUUGAAUUUGAAUGAAAACAUUAAACACUUCCUUGAUUUAAUAUUGCUGUAA